UCUUGAUAACUCAGAGGUACCAACUGCUACGAAUCAAAAUAAUGAUUUUUUGACUGAGCGAGAGAUCCCAGAAACCAGCCAAUCAUUGGCGACCGUCAAGCAGAGCCAGACAGUGUAAAGACUAAGCGGGCUGAAAGAACUGAACGGCACUACAGCUAGACAGAAGUAAAGUGUGAAAAACGCAAAUCUGAAGCCUCGGAAAGGGCACCAAGUUUGCCGGAAAACCUGUGCGGUUCACAGAAGCCUUGGAUAAAGUGGAAAAACGGUGUCGAACGGUACUCAAACUUGCGUGAUUCGUGAAUUUGUGAUUUUUUUUUUGCUCCAUCAGGGCGACAGUUUUCGCUGCUUAGCGAGAUAUCGGCGGUAGCGAGCGUUUGCGGGCCUGUGUGCGUAUACAUAUAUUAUGUUGGGUUGAUAGUGUGAGUUCAUCUGAAGAACAACCGUCAGUCUAGACUCAUGUGCCACUAAGAUUUAUACAAAUAUUCAUUAAACUAGUGAACAUAGUGAAUUUUGAAUAGUUUAUUGUAUGUGGAAAAUAAAAUUCGGAAAUAUAACAUUUUGGUGUGGCUGCUUCUACUGAACGUGAAGAAAGAAGGGGAGCGAAUCUCGAACGAAACAAGUUUUUAUUCGUCCUGCUGUUUUACAAAUUGCUUGGUACGCUCUAGGUACACAUUUUAGAAGUGUGCAAAACACGGCGACCAACCGAUCGAACGCGAAGCAAGCCUUGUCUGAAAUAGCUAAAUCUUUUAGCAACAUAGAGACGAAGGCAGAUCCUAGUAGCCACGGUUAACGUGUAAGUAACUGGAGGCAAACAAAUACAAGCAGAUAUUUUUGGCAAUUAGUACCACAGCAAUAUUCACCAAUAGACAAAAUGACGGAGGAAGCUUUCCCAAAAACCCUUUAUGUCGGAAAUCUGGACCAAUCCGUAACGGAGGAUCUACUGUGCGCACUGUUCGGUCAGAUGGGUGCCGUCAAAAGCUGUAAGAUCAUACGUGAAGCUAGCAGUGAUCCGUAUGCCUUCAUCGAGUAUGCCAACCAUCAGUCAGCUCAAACAGCGCUUGCUGCGAUGAAUAAGCGAUUGUUCCUGAAAAAAGAGAUCAAAGUAAACUGGGCCACCAGUCCAGGGAAUCAGCCGAAAACGGACACCAGCCAGCAUCACCACAUCUUCGUUGGUGACUUGAGUCCGGAAAUCGAAACGGAAACCCUGCGAGAAGCAUUCGCUCCAUUCGGGGAGAUUUCGAAUUGUCGGAUCGUUCGGGAUCCACAGACCCUAAAAUCCAGAGGUUACGCGUUUGUGUCAUUUGUAAAGAAGGCGGAAGCAGAAAAUGCGAUACAAAUGAUGAACGGGCAGUGGUUGGGUUCACGGAGCAUCCGCACUAAUUGGUCUACCAGGAAGCCACCGGCACCGCGUGAAAAUAUCAAAGGUAUAAAAAGCGGAAAGACACAAGGCUUCGAAGAAAUUUAUAACAACACAGGACCAACAAAUACCACAGUAUAUUGUGGUGGCUUCCCCCCUAAUGCUAUCAACGACAUGCUGAUUCACAAGCAUUUUGCAUUAUUCGGGCAAAUCCAAGACGUUCGAGUAUUCAAAGACAAAGGAUACGCAUUUAUUAAGUUUAAUAAUAAGGAAUCUGCCGCUAGAGCCAUAGAAGGAACACAUAAUAGUGAAAUACAAGGCUUUGCUGUGAAAUGCUAUUGGGGUAAGGAGAAUGGAGGUGAAAUGGCGAGUAAUGGCAUCAAUGCGGCUGUUGCUGGUAUGGUUGGCAUUGGAAUCAACAGCAUAGCCGGCAGCCCGUUGCAACCGGCGAAUGCCGCCGCCGCCGCUGCAGCAGCAGCUGCAGCCGCCGCGGCACAACAGCAUGGUGGAAAUCCACAACUGACUCAGGCGGCAGCAGCUGCAGGGGCUGCGCAGUAUCCUUAUUCCGCAGCAUACAGUCAGAUGGGUUAUUGGUAUCCGGGAUACCCUCAAAUGCAAGCUCAGUACAUGCAACAAGGCUACGCAGCAUACCCGUACGCAUAUGCAGCAGCCAGUCCACAGCAGGCAGGCACUGCUGGUAUGUUUGGAUAUCGCAUGAUGCAACCCAACAUGGCUGCUGCUGGGUGGGGAAUGCAGACCGUUCCAGGCGUUGCAACCAAUGGGGCAGCAGCAGCAGCCGCCGCAGCCGCAGCUGCUGCCUCAUCUCAACAACCCAUGAUGUAUGCGGCAAUGCCACAGUUUCAGACGCAAUGAGACAUAUUGAAAAACUGCCCCAACAACAGCAUUGUUAACAAAA